UAACAUUACGGCAGAGAAGACUCUUCUCCUGGAAACUAUUGCCAGCCAGAGUUUCUUGACCUAUGGGAUCUGCAGCAGGCCUCCUCUGCCAGCACAUGUAAGAAAGGCUUGUCUUAGUGAGAUGAGACAAGUUGGUGCCUUCCAGGAGUUUUUAAUUACAUUUCCUGUUACUGCUGAAAUCUGGCCAUGCUGGCAUGAUGAAAAAUAUGUAUAUAGUCCAAAAUUCUGGGGGGAAGAAGAAAAACCACCAUCAUGUUAUCCUUAGAGAGUUAAAAGAACCACACCUUGAAGUGUGAAUGUAAAUCUGAUUGUAUCACAGUCCACUAGCCAAUAAUAGUUUUGGGCUGCAUAAACAGAGGGAUAGAAUCAAGAUCACGUGAAUGUUAAUACCACUUUAUAAUGCCUUGGUAAGGCCACACUUGGAAUAUUGCAUUCAGUUUUGGUCGCCAUGAUGUAAAAAAGAUGCUGAGACUCUAGAAAGAGUGCAGAGAAGAGCAACAAAGAUGAUUAGGGGACUGGAGGCUAAAACAUACGAAGAACGCUGCAGGAACUGGGUAUGUCUAGUUUAAUGAAAAGAAGGACUAGGGGAGACAUGAUAGCAGUGUUCCAAUAUCUCUGGGGUUGCCACAAAGAAAAGGGAGUCAAACUAUUCUCCAAAGCAUCUGAGGGUAGAACAAGAAGCAAUGGGUGGAAACUAAUCAAGGAGAGAAGCAAGUUAAAACUAAAGAGAAAUUUCCUGACAGAACAAUUAACCAGUGGAACAACUUGCCUGCAGAAGUUGUGACUGCUCCAACACUGGAAAUUUUUAAGAAAAUGUUGGAUAACCAUUUGUCUGAAAUGGUGUAGGGUUUCCUGCCUGCACAGGGGGUUGGACUAGAAGGCCUCCAAGGUCCCUUCCAACUCUGUUAUUAUUAUUAUUAAUAUUUGCUAUAUGAACAUGAUGCUUCUAUAAGUGUCAAAAUAAGUAUCUCUGGUUCUGAAGCUGAGUUUCAUUAAUGUGCUGGAUGGGACCAGAUAUAUUUCCCGAGGAUUGUUUUCAAAACGUAUUGCUUGGAGGCUGUGGCAUUCCGUUUAACAGAAAAGUUCCUUUCACUGCAUCACUGCAUCCUAACUUUUGCUAGCAAUCUCUAUCCAGAGGAAUGACUUGUGGAUGAGACAGGAUCGUUCCCUACAGCGUUAUGAGAAUGGCUGGCAGUUUCAUUUCUGGAGGAACUUCCAAAGUUCAAGGGUUAUCUACAGACUCUUUCUAUACUGCAUCUAUAAAAGCAAGCGUUCCAGGAGAGCUCAGUCGGCUUCUGAUGUCCCUCAGUCCCAACCUAGAUGAUGACACCAAGAGAAUGACACUUCGUAAUAUCGCUCACUGUAUCUACUUGAAGGAAUCUGAGGCAAGUGGUUGCACCAAUGAUGACAUAAAAUUAGUGGCCUCUUUCCUGGAUGAUAGGGAUAAAGAGACUAAAACUGAGACCCUGAAUGUCUUCAAAGCCUUCGCUACCAUCCGGAAGUUUAAAAUCAAAAUCCAGGAAUAUGUCCCCAAAAUCAUCGAGAUUGUGACAAGCAACUGGGACAACAAUCUGCAAUUUGCUGGUUUGCAGCUGCUGAAUGGGUUGCACAUACCAGAUCAAACACACACAUUAUUGAGAACGCAGCUUACAAACUUUAUGGACAUUCUGCUCACAGCAAACACCUUGACCAAGGUACAAGUUCUCAAAUUUCUUGGUAAGCUCAUUGAGAAGGAAGAUUUGCUCUAUGACAUCAUGAAUUGUCAGGCACCUGCUGACUUCCUGAACCUCUUCCAGACAUCUCAACCUGGGAAUCUGCUUUUUGAGAUGUUAGUAUUUGUGGAACAACUUAGUGAAGGGCGCCAGUCUCCGCAGUACCAGUCAAUGCAGUGGGACUAUAACAAAAACUCCCUCCAUGAAAUCAUUUUUGGUGACAAUUCCCGCCUUUCUGAGCGCUUGCUGGCUCUCAUUGUCCAUCCAGAAGAAGAUGUGCAGACUCAGGCUUGCAAAGUGAUCCUCAGCCUGAAGAUAAACAAGGAAGAAAGCAGGAUCAGUAGUGGACAUUCGCUGGGGUCUGAGCUUAGUGCUUACCCUCUUGAAUCCACCAGAAAAAGCCAGAUUGCCAAUGCCUCCCUUAUUAGCCAGCCUUCAAUCCCAACUACUAAGUCUUCAUCUGAUGCUCCUCACAGUGAAAGUGUUGGCAGCUUUCACCCUCCCCCGGGCACCAAUGAGACUAGUGUUGGCAGCUUUCACCCUCUCCCAGACACCAAUGAGACUAGUCGUGGCAGCUUUCACCCUCCCCCAGGCACCAAUGAGACUAGUGUUGGCAGCUUUCACCCUCUCCCGGGCACCAAUGAGACUAGUCGUGGCAGCUUUCACCCUCUCCUGGGCACCAAUGAGACUAGUCAUGGCAGCUUUCACCCUCCCCCAGGCACCAAUGAGACUAGUGUUGGCAGCUUUCACCCUCUCCUGGGUACUGAUGAGACUGGCCAAAGCUUUCAUCCCCUUGAGAGGGCUGAUCAUAGCUUCCACCCACUUCCAAAUGUCACUGUGGAGAGCAGUAGUGAGCGUGUCCUGGAGGAACCCAUGGAUAGUUUUCACACUCCCCCAGUUGCUGGGUCAGAAGAAAGUGACCACAGCAUUUGAAGGCAGCAGUUGUACAGAGGAAAAAAGAGACUAAUAAAAUGGGUUGACAAACAGAGGAAAAAUGCCUUUCUGUUUUUCUACAAAAAGAAAAAAAAAUUCCAAAGAGACUGAUAUUCCUGUCUCUCCCAAAUCAGCCCUUGUCUGAAAAGUUUAAAAAAUCAGUCCCUUUUCUGUCACUGAGAUGGUGAAUACUGACAGAUGCAAGCAACCUAAACCACUCAUAAAUAGUCUCAAACUAAACUUUAUUUUUAGUCACCUACAUAUGUUACAAGAACUCAACAGACUGAAUGCAUUUCCUUGAGAACAGACAGAUGAGGCAUUAGGGCAGAGGU